CCAACCUCCCCUGCUUCAGAUCCCUUCUAUACUUGGUUUUCGCCCAAGAUUGGCUUACAGAAGAGAUGAAAUGUGGUCUGAGGGGCGGUAUGACUAUGAAAGGCUCCCAAGAGAAAGAGGGCCGCCUCGGAAUCACGGCAAUGAUGCCUACAAUAGAGUAGUUAAUAUUGUGCCAAAGAAAUCACCACUGCUAGAAAAGAGACCACCACUGCUAGAAAAGAGACCACCACUGCUAGAAAAGAGACCACCACUGCUAGAAAAGAGACCACCACUGCUAGAAAAGAGACCUCCACUGCUAGACAGACCUGAUGAAGGAAGCUACAAUAGAUAUUACAGUCAUGUUGAUUACCGAGACUAUGACAAGGGCCGCAGUUUUUCUCAUGAUCGAAGGAAUGUUCUACCUCACAGAGGAGAUGAAUCUGGUUAUAGAUGGACUAGAGAUGAUCAUUCUGCAAGCCGACAGCCUGAAUACAGGGACACAAGAGAUGGUUUUAGAAGAAAAAGUUUCUACUCUUCCCAUUAUUCAAGGGACCGUUCUCCCCAUAAAAGGGAGCCUCCAUUUUUCAGAGAGUCACCUGGAGGUCGAAAGGACUCUCCACACAGCAGAUCUGGCUCCAGUGUCAGCAGCAGGGGCUACUCUCCAGAACGGAGCAAACCAUAUUCAUUCCACCAGUCUCAGCAUAGAAGUACGUAUAUUUAACACGUAGCGGCCUUCACCAGUGAAACCACAGCCCCACUUUCAGCUUUUUCUGUAUCUUCAAACCCUGUGUUAGACAAACCCACUAGGUUAACCGAAAAGGAACUGGCUGAGGCUGCAAGCAAGUGGGCUGCGGAAAAGUUAGAGAAGUCGGAUGAGAGUAACUUGCCUGAAAUUUCUGAGUUUGAGACGGUACCUGCGGCACCAUUAUUCAUUGACCAGCCGGAAGAACCUGAGUCGAAUACAACGGAUGGGAUAGAAUUAUUUGAAGACAGUCAGCUAGACAGUCGCUCUAAAGCAAUAGCAUCAAAAACCAAAGAGAUUGAACAGGUUUAUCGGCAAGACUGUGAAACUUUCGGGAUGGUGGUGAAAAUGCUGAUUGAAAAAGAUCCUUCAUUAGAACAGUCAAUACAGUUUGCACUGAGGCAGAAUUUACAUGAAAUAGGUGAGCGUUGUGUUGAAGAAUUGAAGCAUUUCAUUGCAGAGUAUGAUAAUUCUGCUCAAGAUUUUGGAGAACAUUUUUAGAAGAAUUAGUGUUCAGGCAAAAUAAACAUAAAAAGAAAUGUUUCUAGAUAUAACCACCCUCCCUCCUCCACCUGUGGAACUGUGUAAAUCCUUAAUGUACAGGACUUUUGUGAGGAAGAGCAAUACUUUGUUUGGCCAUAUUUCCAACUCAGUUAAAUGUCUAAAAUAGUCUUUGAAAGAUACUUUAACUAUAAUUUUUUUCUAAACAUAAAGUCACUUAGUCUAUACUCUCCCAGCCACUCCCCAUCCCCCCAAAUGAUGGUUAAUUUACUAAGCUUUGGUAAAGCAAUCCUGGAGACCAGUUCUUUGUACUUACUCCUAGUCUACUGUCUUCCAUGACAUACGGUGAUUUGUUUGGUCAUUUGAGUGUAAUUUAUAGGUAGAGAUCAUUCCACUUAAAUGAUAGUCUUUUGCAUUCUUGUAGCAGAGAUCGCCAUGUGAAAACCGUUAGCGUUUUGAGUUGUAAUUUUUUUUUUUUUUUUUUUUUUUACUGAGUCUUUAGUUAGGCCUUUUGCAAGUCGGGGAUACCAUCCUAAUAAGCAGUA